AAUCUGAUAUUGGGGUUAAUUGAGAAGCGAGGAAAGCUACCAAAAGGGCGAGGUCGACAGGAAGAAAACUCGUGGUCCAAACAGGGUACCGUCAUCCCCGUUCACUCUUAUACGAAGCCGUCGAGGAGGAGAGGAAGAAGGCCAACUGUUCGCUCUACCCCGCACUACCCCGCAUCACUUCGUCUGUUGCCCGGCGCCUACCGCCAUCUGCGUUCUCCCUGUUGAGUUCAGUAUCUCUUCCUGCUCGUGUUCAGCCUCUCCCCGCUCUCGUCCCUCCUUUCCCUUUUCUCGAUGGCCCCUUCCCGCGCAAAAAAAGAACCUGCAUCUCCCACCCCUCCCUCUGACGAUGCCACACCGAAGGACGCGUCCGAAAACGGCAAGAUCAAGAGAAAGCGACAGUCACAGAGUUGCGAUGCUUGCAGGGCUCGCAAGGUGAGGUGCGCACGGGAGAAUCCGGAUGAUCCCAAGCAACCAUGCAAGCAUUGCGUCGCACUCGGUAUCGCUUGCACAUACGAAUAUCAGCCCAAAAAGAGAGGACCACCAAAUCUCUAUCUACGUCGCUUGCAAGAGGCCGCAGCAGCUCAAGCUGCGGCUCAUCAGGAAAACGGCAAUAGUACAAAUGGCUCAGAUGUACCUCAAUCUCCGGUGUCGAUCACUCCAAGCGCGACAAGCCCACCUCAAACUUCAGUGUCACCAAUCUCUCAACCAACACCUGUCUCAUCUUUUCUUGAUCCUGCUCUGAAUAGUAUUCCACAAUCCAUGCACACUACGUCACUACCGCCUUCUCGAUACCCUAUCGCUGCAGAUGGUUUCCAUUCGCAAUAUCCGCCAAUGCCGUCGAUGUCGGCCUCUUCUUAUAAUCCUUCAGCGAACGGCCUGUCUUCACGCCCACCACAACGACAUGACGAUAAUCAGCCUUUUGGCUCUCCAGCAGAGCAAUUCAGCACAUAUCCUCUAUUCAAUUGGUCCUAUAAGCAGCACCAAUCUCUCCCGAUACCCCCGCCCACAGUUAUUCCUCCGCUUUCCUACUAUUAUCGACCCCAUCGACUGGAGGACGUUGCUCCACGUGAUACCAUUCUACUGAUUAUUGCUCUCUUCUUUGAUUUUGUCUAUCCACUAACACCAUGCGUGCAUAAGCCUUCGUUCAUGGCCGAUGUCCAUGCUCAUCGAGAGGAACGAGACCCAUUGUUCUUUGCCCUCGUCAUGUCAACCGUGGCAUCUACUCUUGUUCAGGUUCCCAGGUCCUACCUACCAAUGGAGCGUCACGCCGUUCGAAAGCUUGCCCAGACUUGUCACGAAGCUAGUCGACAUAUUACCGUAGCUUCUUACGAUCCCCCUACGUCAAUGCACGUCGUAAUUCGAUAUUUCGAUUGCGUGUACCACUUCUGCGAGGGUCACGAUGCCACACAGCAUGCAGCCUUCGGUGAAGCGGCACACAUCGCCAUCACUCUACGCAUGCACGAGGAAUCUUCAUAUGAAGGUCUCGAACUCAUUGAGUGUGAAGUACGGCGGCGAACAUUUUGGUUGCUAUUCGGUGCGGACAAAUCAAUGUCUAUUCUGCUGGGUCGCCCGAUCUGCCUCCGAGACGAGGACACCACGUGCAAUUUCCCUCGAGAGCUUGACGACGAAUACAUUACUCCCAGCGCGUACCUUCCUCAACCCCAUGGGAAGACGGCACUUGUGUCUGGGCUCAAUUAUAUUUCGAGAAUAUUCGCACUCCUUGGCGAGAUCUUGGUUCGGAUUCGGGUAGAUAAACGAUCUCCGCCCCAAGGUCAAUUCCUCACUGCGCGACUUGAGGAAGUCCAAGCUCUCCACUCGAGGAUUGUCGCCGCAUUGGCACACGCCCCGGAGCCGUUGCGUCUCAAGCAAGCUCACCCUCAAGCUCACAUACCCCCAGAAUAUGGGGGCCCCGGCUUCAGGCAGGCGACUUUCGCCGAAGUCAAAGAUUUCUUUGACAACCCCAACGCUUCUCGUGCCAAUGCCCUGAAUCCGUUCCUUGUCAUGCAGGCCAAUCUCUAUGUUACUCAGCAACUCGUGCGAUUCGUAAUUGAACAGUAUCGGGACGAGCUCGUGACUUCGCUACAGGGCGCCGUAGACGAGUCUCGGGUCGCCGAAGAUAGGGAAGUCGUAGCCAGUGAACUUCUCAACAUCCUGCACAGUAUUCCCAUUCAAUCCAUCGCCACGAACGGACCUUCAUUGGUCCACAAAGUGCGAUUUGUUGCUUCGACGCUCCUCGAUGCGGUCAAGAAGGCAGAAACGGCCCCCCAGUCGGCGGCACGUGCGCAUGCAUAUUUAUGGGACUUCCUGUCAAUCCUCUCUGAGAUCGAACGGAACUAUUUAUUGGACGACGACCGGGACGGCACUUCCAGCGCGGAUGGAAUGCCCCUGGUUAGCUGAAACUUAAGAACUGCGUUCUGGACUCUGAACAUUCUCCGGGUUGAUCGUGGUGGUUGUGUUGUGAUUUCGCUUUCCUUAUAUAUAAUGGUGAAUUCGCUCCCAUUUACCCUUAGUUGUAAUUUCCUUCGUCUAUUAUCCUCUCGGUUUACCAAGUUAUCACGGUCUGCUAGCAGCUAUGUAUUCUAUGUACUUACUUGAACUCUUCGCAAUGCUAUCCUAUUCGCUUUCUCU